AUGGGCUUUUUCCUGUCAGCACCAAUUGUAUUUUUGGCAAAUACGGUAUAUUUGCCGUUUGUUAUUUCGAUAGUUAUUGGAGUACCAUCUGCUAUUUUAUAUUCAUUUGAAGUUGUAAUAAUAAUUACAAAAUGGAAGGAUUUUAAUUCGAGCUUUUUUCAGUUACUUAUUGCAAGGGCAAUUUUGAAUAUUCUCAACUUUAUUAUCUCCUUCGGACAACGUUUUGGAAAGGUUGGGUUAUUCACAAAUAUAUACCUCCAAUUAACUUCGUGGGUGUUAGCAACAAUUUUCUUCUUUGGUCUUUAUUGUAUACAUGGUGAAAAUAUAGCUACAACUUUACAAUUAUUUAAUAGACUUUCUUCUAUUUUAUGGCCAUUUACUUAUGAAAAGUUAUGGAAGCGUUUCCUACCACUUAGCAUUCUGCUGAUUUUUAGUACUCCAUUAAUCCUAGCAGUACAAAUGUUUUCUCAAGAUUUUUAUGCCCGCUUACAGGCUGACAACCAAACUAUACUAUAG